AUGGCCGAGACGGAGGCGCGCCAGUGGACAUUCGUCCUGAUCCUGACCGCACUCCUCCUUUCCCUCGUCGUCCUCUCCCAGAUACUUACAACAUAUAUCACUGCCUAUCGUGUCGCUCCCAACGAGAUCGCAUCUUUUAUCGAUGCCGUCGACUUCUCGGUCGAGGAGAACGAGAGCUACGACCGCGACAUUGCCAAGGUCCAGCGCCUUGAAGAUAAGCUCCGUCUAGGUCGCCUCUUGCGCGAGAUCCAGAAGGGCGGCGACGACCUACGUGAGGAUAUCAACUUGUUGCUUCUCUCCGAAGACACCACUUCUCUGCGCCUGAGCGCCCGCCUUCUCUGGGCGAGCAAGCGCCGCGGUCUUGAGGAGCGCGUGCGCCGGCUGGAUCUUGUGAGGAUGCGCUUCCUCGUAGUAUACAUGGGUGUGGUUGCGGACCGGGCGAACGUCACAGGAGAACGUCAAGUGCCCGUGUCAACACCGAUAACACCGCAGAAGGACCCUGAAAAAACGCCUGUUUCUCCUUUCACGCCCCCGAUGGCCAACAUGAACGCCCACUUAACGCGCGCCCUGACGGAGGAGAUUCGAGAGCGGCCGCCGCUGAGGAGGCUAACCACCCAAGCCAUCGGUCAUCACGAGAACACGCAACCUGGGCACAAACUGGGGUGGGCUGGCGUGGUUCAGGAGCUACAGAAGAGUCCCCGGAUGCACAAGCGACGCUCCUCCAUCGAGAGAUCCAUCGAACAAGAGUUGGCUAAUUCCAAGCUGACGAUAUGA